ACCAGCGUCGCAAAACCAUCCACUGCAUGUCAUGCCUUCGAAUUACAUAACAAUUCACCAUGACGUCCAAAGCUUUCUCACAAAAGAGUUUUCUUAACCCAGAAGCCCUACAAGAUGAAUCAGUUCAUGAAGAGAAGAAUUCUAGAAGAGCUACUGUAUACGAUGCGGUCGCAGGACGCAUAUCAGCAGCAGGCUUCAUCCCCAAAGACUUGGUGAUCCCAUCCACUCGAGACACAACUUCUACAUCCACAACUGCUGUUUCUCCGGAAGCUGUGCUAUUCAGACAAAGGAAUGCGCCUACGCGAUACGAAGAAACCGAUAUCUACUUUGCGAACGAACGAGAAUUGAAUGCCGAUCUCCCUGAUUCAGACCUUCUCAAGGCACUUCAUUGCUACGCAUCUGAUUUUUACUCACGCGCUACCACAGAUGGCGGUUCUGGAGACUGGCGCAGCUUGGACGAGACAGCCUUGAUAGCUCUUGGUAUAUUGAUGGAAGAAGCUACUCGUGAUGUUUUGGGAGAGACGGGAGAUCUUGUCUUCACCGAGGGCGAAAUUGUUGAUGGCCCCAGUAAGAUACCUCCUGGGAGGUCACAGUCGCGAGCACCGAGCGUAGCCAGUGAGCGUGGCAAGGAAAGACCCUCAAAGAAGAGACGGAUUCUCGACGGCAACGAAGCAACAGUGCCAAUUGGAUGAGAUACUGGUCUGGGCUGGAUCAUAAUCUUCUCGUGCUUUAAGGCGAUAUUCGAUGGCGUUGCGCCUGUGAGGCUUUUGUUUCUUUUGCCACUGGGCUUGGGACCUUGCCUUUCUGACUCUUUUCGGGCAUUUUAUCAUCUCAUCAGCCUCGCACUCGCUACAAACACGCGCUGAUUGGCAUUCUUCGCAACGCC